UGGCGUGCGUGGAGCGCUGUCCUGGAAGCGCUGGACCUGUGGGCGGUGUGGACUGGUGGCGGUGAAAGGUUUUGGCGGAUAUGGCUCCCAACGCGCCAGCGCCCGAACCCGGGUAUCCUAAAGGCAUCCGGGCGGUGCUGCUGGGGCCGCCCGGAGCAGGCAAGGGGGCGCAGGCACCCAGAUUGGCUGAAAACUUCUGUGUCUGUCAUUUGGCUACUGGGGACAUGCUGAGGGCCAUGGUGGCUUCUGGCUCAGAGCUGGGAAAAAAGCUGAAGGCAACUAUGGAUGCUGGGAAACUGGUGAGCGAUGAAAUGGUGGUGGAGCUCAUUGAGAAGAAUUUGGAGACCCCUUCGUGCAAGAAUGGUUUUCUUCUGGAUGGCUUCCCUCGGACUGUGAGGCAGGCAGAAAUGCUUGAUAACCUCAUGGAGAAGAGGAAAGAGAAGCUCGAUUCUGUGAUCGAAUUCAGCAUUCCCGACUCCUUGCUGAUCCGAAGAAUCACAGGAAGGCUGAUUCACCCCAAGAGUGGUCGUUCCUACCAUGAGGAGUUCAACCCCCCAAAGGAGCAUAUGAAAGAUGACAUCACUGGGGAACCCUUGAUCCGCCGAUCAGAUGAUAACGAGAAGGCGUUGAAAAUCCGCCUGGAGGCCUACCACACUCAGACCACCCCACUCGUGGAGUACUACAGGAAACAGGGCAUCCACUCUGCCGUGGACGCCUCUCAGACCCCGGACGUCGUGUUCGCGUGCAUCCUCGCAGCCUUCUCCAAAGCCACAUGUAAAGACCUGGUUAUGUUUAUCUGAUGUUGGGUCCGGAAAGGGCUUUCUUCUUCUUCCUGUCCCUGUGGAAGGAGCGGGUGGCAAUGGUAGGGCAGGCAGAGCAAAGCUCCCCCAGGCUAGCGAGACUAUUAUUUGAUGUAUUGAUUAAAGAAACACUUGCUGUA